AUGUCGGAUGUACCGAUGUACGAUACGGCCGGCUACCAAUCAUUCGUCCACCAACUCGACCCCCGCAUCCGACCUCUGAGAUGCACAAAGGAGCAUCUGGAAGGGCGAAAACACACCAUCAUUCGUUUCACGACCCAGUUCUACAAGAACAAUGAACAACUCGGUCAGUCAAUCACCCGCAGCGUGGUGGAGUUCUUCUGGAUCGACGAGAUAUGGAGGCUGUACCCAACGGACCACCCCGAGAAGCGCCGUCUGAUUGGCCAGGAUACUUAUGCUCAGCAGGCGCAUUCUCCAAAGUAUGAGGUUUACUGGCAGAAACGACUCGAUGCCGAGGCCUUCAAGGCCAAGAGGGCGCGCCAGAGCUCUGCAGAGUUCUGGUCCUUUCCUCGCCAACUCAGUAACGAGGAGCAGAAAGACAAGGGAGUCGUGCUUCUGGGUAACCAUGAUUGGGAGUAUAUCCUUCCAGAAGUCCAGCUCAUGCCGCUUUACCACGUCUUCUUCUUGGAACUUGCGAAGAAAGUCAAAGCCGCCAAUCCGGGGAAGUCUUUGACUAUUGAGCUAAUGAGACGUUUGUGGCGCCUUUUGAUCAGAGAAGUCUACGACUUCGUCAAUGAGGCGGAAAUUACGGCAAAGACGGAAGAGGCCAAAGCUGUGACGGACGACGAGUUUGAGGAAGCAAUGAGGGUUGUUCCAGAAACAUUGUCAAAGAAGCGCGGGAUCUCUGCAGAGAGUGACACCAAAGCCGAUCCUAGCGAGAGCCAAAGUCAACAGUCGAAGAAGAAGAGGACCGUCAGGUUGGCGGAAACUGACGGCUCAGGUAGCCAGACCGGAGCCAAUAAAUCGGAGCCCGAAUCCUCUACAGGACCCAAAUCAUCAGCGGUAACAAACGGGCAUCAGCCAGUCAACAACACCGAAUCUCCGGUCCGAGACCCCAAGAUCCUCGAGCUAACAAGGCGCAAUACCGAAUUAACAGCAGACCUGGCCACCGCAGAGCGACAAGUCGCAGAGCACUCGCGUGCAAAAGAGUCAGCGGACCGAAGAUGGAGUAGCCAACACGGUCAGCUGCAGGCCGCAGAGCGAGACGCUCGCGAGUUGAGGAAGGCCAGGCCAGACUUGGCGUACCAUAUGAAAGCGAGGAAGGAUGCGGAACAGCAGCUGAAGAGCCAGCACAGCGAGCUGAAAAAGGCCAAAGGGAAGGCCGCCGAGCUGGAACGCGAGCUGAGGACGGAGAAGGGCAGGGUUGCUCGGUUGGAAGCGUCGUUGGCGAAGGCUGGAGUUGGAUCCGGAGGCGAGAAGAUCACGGAGGCGGGGGGGAUGGCCUUUUACGUAUAG